CUGGGACCUAGAGGCGAAAGUACUCGCGUCAUUAUACCGAUGGCGCGAGGAAGAGCGGGUACGGGGCUCGAUGCCGGUGCAGCGGGAGAUCGAGCUGCGCCGAGAGGAGCUCCGUCAAGUCCUAGUGGCGGAAUGGCGGCAAAGGCUGAUGCGCCCUACCGCCGGCCUUGCUACCGUCGAGGCGAUCCGGCCAGUACUCGACGACUGGCUCGAGAGAGGGCACGGCUCCCUGUCAUUCAGGGUGACGCAGGUACUGUCGGGGCAUGGGUGCUUCGGCAAGUUUCUGUGUCGCUUAGACAGGGAGCCGGACGCUCGGUGUCACCACUGCGUCCAUUGCGGGGAGGACACGGCGCAACACACGCUCGCUGAGUGUGUAGCUUGGGAGGAGCAGCGCCGUGUCCUCACAAACGAAAUCGGAGACGAUCUGUCGCUGCCGGCUGUGGUGCAGAGGAUGGUCGGCAGUGCAGAGUCGUGGGACGCGGUGGUUUCCUUUUGCGAGGACGUGAUGUCGCAGAAGGAAUCUGCGGAACGGGAGAGGGAGAUUUUGACUCCCUUCCCCGGUCGCAGAAGGCGCACCGGGCGCAGGAGAAGGGCGGACAACGCCCUCUUCCGCCCCCCAUGAAUGGGUUCAAGGGCGAGGGACUUGGGGAAGUUCCCGCCCCUACUCAGUGGACCCGAGGCGGUGGCACGCGCGUGUGUCGGCGCGUGCCCCUGAGAUGAUGCACGGGGUAGGCGAACACCUCACUACCCCGUGCAAGAGACGAGGCCCGUGCGAGGGCCAGCACUAGUGUGGGGCUGCGGAAGAAUCUGGAUUCCCGCGGCCCCGCGCACACGUGCAAGGAGGACACAAGGGGGUUUUAGCCGGUAGGAGUCCGGCAUACCCCUCC